AAGCCACAACUAGCAACGGUUGUCGCGGGGCUCGGCGUAAGCGAAGGUGGAAAUUUCGGAGGAAUUCGGUCAUGUCUGCCCAGAUCUUGCUGGUUGUGAUCUCGCCGUUCUGUUGGCCCCAUUUCCGCUCAAGCUCGACGUUGACCUUCCCCUAUCGUGACCUCGUGGCCUGGUACGACUGGAGCUCGUUGUCUAAGCUUGCCGCACAUGGCCACCCACGAUUCGCAGCCAGUCUUGGUCCCCGAUCACAUCCGCAGUAAGCCCGCCCUUACGUCGGGUCAAUUGACCCGUCAAUUGCGAUCCUGCAAGGCCUGCCGGUUCCGGAAAGUCAAGUGUGAUCGAGUUAAACCCUGUCAUGCAUGCUGUGCGCAUGGCUACCCGUCAAAAUGCCACUACGAUACCAGUCCCGAAGAUGUCCUGCAACCCAUCAGUCAAGCCGAUGAGAUCCGUAAUCUCCGUGAGGAAAUCCGCGAGCUAACAGCCAGCCUUCAUAACUGUGAACACCGGAUCAAGACUUCACGGCGACGAGCCCAGCUACAAGGCCUCGUCAACGCCAUCCGCUCAGCCCCGCCAAAUACCGUCAAUCGGCUCGUCGCCCAAAUCCGAAAGCCUCGCGGGGAAACAAACGAAGUGGCAAUCCCGGUGGGACCCUUGAAUGAAUUGGAAGAACAUGGCCCUGUCGUUCUUCGUCGGUCCCAUUCAUACGAUAGCGAUGACGAUUCCCUCGGUUCGGAAGACGAGGUAUUUUCGCUCUCUGGCCGUAAUAGCGAUAGUCGGUCUUCAUCAGAAGAGAGCGAUGACUCAAGCUAUGAUCCGAUAAGUCACAUUGGAUCGUGGAAGCCGAUGCUGGAUGUGUUUAUUGAACGCUUCGUGGAUGCUUUUAGUCCGGUAGUCCAAUCCAAGACAGGACAGGCUGGUGCAUUACGACGGGCUGCUGAGAUACGCAUGUUCUCGCCGAUUCUCAUGGAUGCGUUCGAAUCUGUCUCCAUAGCAUACUUUGGGCGGUCUGUUCAGGAUAAGAAUCUCGAAGCAGCUGGCUUCCGCCUAUACCCCCGUGUGCUGCGGAGUUUGCAGCAGGCGUUGCAAGAUCCCCAGCGCAGCAAGGCUGAGUCGACUCUAGUGACGGUCACCCUCUUGAUGGCGUUUGAGAGUGUGGAACGAACUACACAAGUGUCGCUGAUUGCUCAUGUCCACGGUGCACUGCGCCUGAUUGAGCAUCGAGGACCAGAGAAUCACAUACAUGGUGUGGAGCAUUUGCUGUAUACCGAGCUGCGUCCUUAUUGGGUCGCUGCGGCCAUUGUCAGUCGAACUCCCUCCGCCCUCGCAAGUGCAGACUGGAUCAACCUGCCUUGGUCAGCUAACCCUGACCGAAGAGACAUCCUGCAUUACUUGCUAGACCUGGCGGUUGAGAUUCCUGCUCUGCUUUGGCAAUUCGAUGACAUCGAGGCUACCCUCAAAUCGAACAUGUACAGUGCACAUGAGAUUAGCAUGAAGCAAGCCUCACUAUGGAGCGGUGUCGCUGACCUAACAAACCGCUUCCGCCAAUGGAAAGUUCAAUGGGUUGAUAACAACCCGGACGGGCCACCCCAAGAAGUGGAAGUCUCACCGGACGACCCAUUCCCCCGAUUCCAUUGCCGGGACUUUCGCACCGGAGGUAUAAUCACACCUCCAAUGUUUGUCUAUCGGGACCUCCGGCUCGCACAAACCAUGUGUCUUUAUUACUCCACGCGGUUAAUUCUCUCGUCCGCUGACACGCGACCAACGGAUCGCGUUGGACCUUUGGAACAAUACUCCCUGGGUUGUGGCAUCUGCCGCUCCUUGGAAUGGUACAUAGUCAAUGCCCCAGGAAACAUGAUUAACCGACUUGCGUUUCCGGUCAGGGUGGCCUGGGAGGUGUUCCCGGAUGGAGGACCGGAACGGCAGUUCAUGUACGAGGUGUUGAAACUGGUUGAGAAGCGACAUGCCCUAGGCCUGUGGGGGAGCAACAUGUCCGAGAUUUCUCCUCGGGCCGGACCCCCACGGAGUCAGUCCCCUGAGAUGGCUACAGGAGCAUGAUGGAUGGAAGAUCAAGGUCUGUGGGUCGCUGGACGAAUCUCACUGUACACAUUUCACGGCCUUUUCCUGUCUCCGCGUAUGCCGGUGGGUGGGACUUUUGUGGCAGCUGAUAUAUAGCGCAGCUCCAUUCAGAGAGUUUGCCAUAUCGGCUUCGCCUUCCCUGCUGAGAGUACCGUCCUAAUUGAUCUUCCGGUAUCUACGGGAAAGGCUUUCAAACAGCACGCAAGGCUUUCGUCGAUGAAUGCCGGGUCAAUUACCCGUAGGGGAUGACUCCAUAUAC